GAUAUGCUAGCACGUUAUAGCCAAGGAUUAUAAUGAGUACGGCGUGUGUUGUCUGUGGCCGCAGUAUGUUUCAGAGCAAAGAAAAGAAAAAAAAAACGCUUUUCAUUCGAGCUAUUAUAUAAUUACUCUUAGUGUGUGUUAUGGCGGAUAGUACAAGUGGACAAGAAGGAAACAAUGUGGAUCCAUCGUUAUCGCAGCCGGUAUCAUCACAAGGCUCUAAUGCGCCGGUGUCAGAAAGUUCUUUUACUUCAUGGCUCACAGACACACCCAGAAUGUGCGUCCAAGAAGCCGAGGAACCUUGUUUCGAUGAUAACAUCAACGUUCCGCUGUCGAGAGAGGAACGCAGGCAUUUGAAAAGGUUGACGUGUUCCAAUCCGUCUAUAUCAUGGUACACUCAUUCAACUGGCAGUUCUGAUCGUAGAUGGGGAUACAUAGAUAGUCAAGACAACCGGGUACGUAGACCGCGUCAUAGUGAUUCUAUCUACAAUAAUGAUCCAGAUGAUGUAAACGAAAGUGACGUUGACAAUGAUGAUGGCGAUGACGAGGAUGAAGACGACAACGAAGACGAAGAUGAUGACAAUGACGUUGACGAUGAGGAUGACAAUGAUGAUGACGAUGACGAUGAUAAAGAAGAGGAUGAUGAAGUCGAAUACAAAAUCGACAACGAAAACGAUAUGAAAGGAGAUAAAACUUGCAAUAGGGCACCAGGAAGAGACUCAAAGGACCUUUGCAUAACAUUGGAGAACGCGGUUAUUGCAGGUGGAGGUGUCCCUGAUGUGGAUAUGGUGCCACUUGCCGGACCACGUGUUAGACGACCAGCGGUGAGAGGUGGCGAGAGGGUCAUGCGCGGGCGAAGAGUGCGUAACGGAGGUGCGAGACACAGGGAUGCAGGGGUUGGAGCACUAGGCGGGCACGCAGGAGUUGUAGCGAUGACAAGUAACGACAUCCGUGCUGCAUGGCCUUUGGCUGCCCAAAAAGUCGAGGCAGCGGCUCGUUAUGUGGGCUUAGAUGAUGAGAUUGAUGCGUUUCUACAGAUAUUGGUCGGUAACGACAGUCUGCAGCCUCACCCGCAACGUCAGCAGAAGGAAAGGGACUACGCACUUCAGGAGCACGAGCACAACCCUCGGGUAGAAACGAUCCGGAUGAAGAGGGGUCCGCUUGUGGAAGACAUGGCUCUUCAGCCACAACCUGCGGUGGACAUGGAAUCUCGGGGGAAGUUCGUGGAGCACUACGUCCACGAGAGGAACGAGAGAAAAACACUUGCAUCCCUCGACGAUACCGUCGCUGCGUGGAUGACAUAUGAGCAGGCGAGGCCCAUUGUGAAAGAACCACGUGGAAGGACUCAUAAUUCAUGGUCAAAGAUGCCAUGGGAAUCGAGAAUCUAGUCCCUCUUGGACGAGCCGCCGCACGAGUCCUAAGUGACUUUUCUCAAUGCAAUGAAAUUCUGCAAAAAUU